AAUAUUGCAAAGCUUGACAACGCCAACCUUGUAAAGCCAUAUUCUGAAAAUUUACGUGAGAGUAUUAAUAUAGGUGCCGAACAUACCAAGGGUGCCCUUCAAACUGUGCUUCCUUCUCUGCACCGGUCUGGUUGAAACUCUGCACCGUAGAACAGCCUUCUAGUAUCGGCGGACACUCGACUUCGGGAUAGGACUGCUUGGCGCUCGCAGCGACUGCACCUUGAAGGUUUCAUGCCUGCGCAAAGGCUCGUUUUGAGCUCACGCGACCAUGCCAGCUUCUCAACGCCAUGCCAUAGCGACACGACUCUGGCAGCUCGGGCGCGCAGCGUCCUGCUGCCGAAGAUGCCCGUCGCAAGCGGGGUCCGCAGGCACCGCAGCUCCGUCUCGCUAGAGUGCGCCAUCUCGGCCCCGGAGCGGCACACUCAGCAACACCAGACGCAUAGCACUUGCUCGCACACGCCGCCACGUCUCAUCAGCGUCGACGAGCCCAGUCCACACUCUCAACAGCAGCACCCGGGGUCGGCUCGCCCGCAGCGUAGUGUGGGCCAGGCAUCCGCACACCCGCCCCUGCCACUUGGAGAGAUGGGGUUUCGCGCAGACUUCAACUCGCAAUACUCUUUACUGGAAGUCCUGGGCAAGGGCAACUUUGGGGUUGUGUGGCUAGCCGCCUCCCGGCACGACCCGUCACACCAGGUGGCAGUCAAGGUGCUGCCCAAGGUGCGCGAGGAUAAAGGCAAGGAGGAGAACCUGGCAUGCAUCAAGCGCGAGGUGGCUCUGUGGGGCAGCCUGUCCGGCGACUCGCGCUACGUGGCGCAGCUGCUGGGUCUGUACGAGGACGGAGACAGCGUGUACCUGGUGCAGCAGCGGUGCUACGGAGACCUCACCAGCGCCAUGCAGCACGGCCCGCUGUCCGAGGCGUGUGCCGCCGCCAUCAUGUGGUGCGUGCUGGCCGCCGUACGCGACUGCCACGACCACCACCUAGCCAUGGUGGACGUCAAGCCCCAGAACUUCCUGCUCACCAGCCCGCCGCUGCAGGCGCCCCAGCACACCCAGACCCAGGCCCAUCCGGCUACGGCGGCGCCGGCAGCGGCAGCGGGGGCGGCGGGGGCAGCGGCGGCGGCAGAAGGAUCGGGGCAGCCGGGGCAAGGGCAAGGGCAGUGCGAGUGCGAGUGCCCGGUGCCGCUGCUGUCGGCGCAGGGCUACCAGGCGUCGCACGGCGAGCCCAGCAGCCCCUGCGUCGUGGCGUGCGACUUCGGGUGUUCCCUGUCGUACAGCGAGCUCAUGCGCGGCGGGCGGCACGGCGGCUCGCCCAUCUUCUUCGCGCCGGAGCAGUUUGGCAGCAGCUACGGCCUGGGCGUGGACGUGUGGGCGGCAGGCGUGAUGCUGUACCUGCUGCUGAGUGGGCGCUACCCCUUCUGGGACUGCAAGCGCGAGGACAUCAAGCCCGGCAUGAAGCCGUACGAGGUGAUGCUAGCGGUGUGCUCGGCGCCCAUCCAGUUCCUGAGCCCGGAGUGGCGCGGCGUGAGCCGGGACGCGCGCGACCUGGUCACGCGCAUGCUGGACCGCAACCCCGCAACCCGCCUCACCGCGGAGCAGGCGCUGGAGCACCACUGGUUUGCGCGGUGGGGGGCCCAGCCCGCGCGCAGCGCACACGCCGACACGUCAGCGCCCAGCGGGCACCCCCACACGCACGCUGCCGCGCCCUCGCUGCCCGCCUCCCCUUGCGCCGCUGCACCCAAGCGCUGUGUGGCUGGCGGCUCCAGUCCGGACACGGCGGCGGCGGGGUGUCAGGAAGCCGGCAGCAACAUUGUGCCGGCGCCCGCGGUCGCCGCCGUCCCGAUUGCACUGCCCGCUGACGUGUUCAGCUGCAGCAGCGCGGACGGCGGCUGCCCCGCCGACGCCUUUUACCACGCCAGCAGCAGCAGCAGCAACGGAAAUGGGAACGGGAACGGAACUGGGCACGCCUUGGUUGCCGCAGCGGUGCCGCACACAGCUGAGGCUGCCACGGCAGCAGCAUGCCAACAACCGCCUCUGCAGCCGCAGCCAUCACCGCGCCUGACGCCGGAGCCGCACAUGCAGCGGGUGCUGAGCCAGUUGCGGAGCCCGGCGGAGGGUGGCGGAGGAGGAGGCGCGUCCAGCGGGUCUGCGGGCUCGGAGGACGAACGCCUGCACAGCGCCGCGGCGGCGCCGGCGGCCGGCGCUGGGCACGGCGUCGGCAGCAGCGGCAGCAGCAAUGAGGUGUAGCGGGCAGAUGCGCGGGGCGGGCGGCGGUGGCCUCCUUGCCUGCCUCGGGCAGCGGUGAGGCUGGCAGCAGCGGCAGCUAGGAGCAGCGAGCAGGACUGCGCAGUCGCGGCAAGCUGGGAACGGCGGGCGGCGCGAGCUUAUUAGGCGCCCGCGGUGGACGCAGCGGGCUUUGGCAGCAGCCGUAGAUGCAGUGGGUUGUGGUUGGGGGGGAGGACACACAGCCGUCAAUGCGUCCUAGCCGCAAAGACAACAUCACAAAAACAGUCUUUGGAUUGGAAAAAUAUAUUCAUGGGCGGGUUGGACGUGGGCGCGAACUGGGAGAAUGGGGUAGGCUGGGAUGAAUCACGGCAAGAUGGCGUCAGAGUCGCCCUCCUGUAUUGAUCAAAGAGUGAGAGGGUGAGAGUGCGAGAGAGGGAGGCUUUUUAGAGUAGGGGAGGCUUUUUGUGUCCUGAAUGUGUUCCAGCAAACACAUAGCGCACGUGCCAACAUACGGUAUGGAGUGUCGUUGUCCUGACCUGUUUGAGCCUUUGAGCUGAUUAUGUUCAGGAAGGGCAAUGGGACGAGGUGCGUCACUGAUUGAUCGCCUCGGGUACCGCAUGGACAGGCAGCUGGUCAGUGGCUGUCUGGGCGUUGCCGCUCCGCGUCCCUAACCAACCAACUCAAUAACUCCUUGCCUUGAGUAGUAGCGUUGACUUAUUUGACGGUUGGCGGUAGCAUUGCGUGAUGUGCGUUUGUCAUCCCAGCUUGCAAGUUUGGCUACCAGUGUUUAUUUGCUAGUCAGGCCUUAUGAUUCUAUUCGCGACCCAGCAUUGGUGGUCGCGGGGAUUUGCUCGGCGUUGCACUUGCUGGGAUCAAUAGGACACGGCCGAGCACAGCAGGGCUUGCCUGUACUGUGCGCGCGCUUACACCGGAAUACUUGUUAUCCUGGCCAACUAGCUCAAAAGGUGGGGACGUGAUUCACGUGGCAAGGAUGUAGAAGGGGCGGGCAAGGAUGUGUGGCCACACUGCAGGUACUGAAGUGGGGCCCAAGCCAGGCGGUUGGUUGUGAAUGCGGUUCUGGUCUUUCGCAAUCACCUCAGGUCCGCAAGGGUGCGACAGGCUCAAUAUUCGAGACCGCCACACCCGCGCGGGCAUUUUAGCGCAUUGCAUGUGUUGCAAGACAAGGCACGGGCGGCACCUUGGGCGGCACUGGCGCUUGCUUUGCUUUCUGUGCAACCCGGCCGUAUUUGUUCACGCCACAUUGCAUUCGUAUGAGCCAUAGUGCGUGUGAGCAGCGCUGUCUUUGGGUGUGUGGCUAUGCGUGCGCGUGCCAUGAAAUGUGUUGCCAUGUGUGCGGAAAGGGUUACAGUCAAACCGGAAUGUGCUGCCUGCGAAAUGCAUUUCGCUCGACUACAGAACUUGCCGUUCGAAGGCCCGCUAGUUGACUUGUGCGUAGAGAGCUGAGAGCGAGAGAGUGUUAUGUGCGAGACAGAGGACAAGCAAGGAUGAAAGCCAACAUCGCCGCAGGGUGACACCAUGACUUCAAGGCCAGAAGGGGCCGGAGAAUUCCUGAUUCCUGCAAGACUGCAUGGACAUUGCACGGCGUGUGACGCUGUGUUGGGACUGGAUUUGCAAGAGUGGUAGUGUCAGUAGCGUGCGGGGUGAGCAACCGAGUAACCGACGCCGGGAGUAAGAGUGGCGGUGGCAGCUGAUGCCGCCUUGAGUCAUAGUGAGAUAAGUACGGUACUUAAGUAGCAGGACUGGUGCUUUGCGUGGCGCAACAUGCGAUUUGUUCAUGCCGCGGGAAGCUUAACUUCCGUCGUGUGUGCUAAUGAUUACAUGUGUACGUAAUUGCGGUUGACAGGAACUGGUAGCGCGAGGCGGUAAGUCGGUAACGCUGGUGGCUCUUGGCUCUAGGCUCGUAGCAUCCCAAGUGGUGAAGAGCUGUGAAGAGAAAUGUAAGCUAGUGCGAAUGCAAAUGCUGGUGCUGCUCAAUUGCAGCGGCGUAUGGUGGGGUUAGCCACGGCCAGAUCAAUGGGAGCCCGGAGCCCCACGCUCGCACCUGUUGGCCGACUGCCCUUCGCCCG